AUGCGUGAUGCGGGUAUGCGUGUAUGCGCGCGGUUGUCACAUGUGUAUGUGACAGGCAAUUCCGGCAGUGCCCGUGGGCCUGGGCAACUUGCUGCCGUUGCACGGGUCGCAUACCCCGAAAUAUGCCACAGUGGUGCAGGCGAUGUGGGCGCCGGCAGAUGGGGCACCUUAGGGUCUCCAACGUCCGUGAUGGGUGUGAUGGUGGCCGAGUGCCACCGCGAGGUGCGGCUUGAAGGACCGCUGCAGGCGCGGUUACCGGUACAGGGGGCGGCGUGGUUGCCGGUGCAGUUGCCGACGUUGUUUCAACCACAGUUCGGGGCGCUGAAUUGUCAAUUAUUCAAACGUUCAAAAUAUUUACUGGGCAUCAAUUGUCACACUGGAAUGACAUGCUUUUUACGCAACUCUGUAAUUGAUGAACUUGUUGGUUUAAGAGCAUUUGGUUGUUAUUUAGCUGAGGAUUUCUUUAUUGCUAAAGCUAUAAGAGACAAAGGUUGGAAAAUGCGAAUAUGUAAUCAACCUGCAAUGCAAAAUAGUGGUAUUUGUGAUAUAAGCUGUUUUCAAGAACGGCUCUUACGAUGGGCGAAACUACGCGUAGCUAUGGUUCCGACAACAAUACUUCUUGAACCACUUUCUGAGUGUAUGGUGUUGGGUGCUUUGGCAUCAUGGCCUCCGGUGAUACUAUUCAAUUGUGCUCCGUUAGUAUUUUACUUAGUACAUGUACUGACAUGGUUUUUACCCGAAUGGACAUUACUUUCUAUUGUACAGAAUGGGUCAUUAUCGUUCCAUAAGUUUCAAUUUUUUGCUGGUUGGCUUUUGAGGGAAAUAAGUGGGUGUUACCUGUUCCUGCAUGCGCUUUGGAAUCGUAGGUGAACAUAUAAGCUGCAAUGGGAUGGAAUUGCGUAUGAGUUGCCGUCAGGUAAUAUAAAUUUGAGUACAAAACGUUUACUGUUAUCAUAG